AUUUACCCUUCAGUUCGACGCACUCAGAGCUCUGAUUGGUUGGCUCAUGUUCUCGCGUGCCUUCAUACAUGAUAAACCAGUGGUGCUGAUGCUGUGACAAUGGGAGCCUUCCAGAUAUGCACCAUCUGAACUGAGGGUCCGGCAGCGGCUGCACGCAGGCUUGACGGACAGCAGAGAAAACAUCCGGAUAAAGACACAAGGAGGAACCUCCUGCUUCUGCCCGGACAGGUCCAGAGAUGGGAGUGUUCAGCCGGCAGAAGUUUUUCCAGGAGCUCACUCAUGGCUGCCUGCUGCCUACAGCUCAGCAGGGCCUGGAGCAAGUAUGGCAGCUGCUGGUUAUCUGCCUGCUGUGUCGCCUGCUCUGGAUGUUAGGUCUCCCUUCCUUCGUGAAGCACCUGUGCACCGUGGCGGGAGGUUUCUACACGCUGUACCUGUUCUUUGAGCUCCACAUGAUCUGGGUCGUCCUUCUCAGCCUCCUUUGCUACCUCUUUCUCUUCCUGUGCCGCCAUUCGACCAUCCGAGGAACCUUUCUGUCUAUAACGGUUCUCAUCUACCUGCUUCUUGGGGAGCUGCACAUGAUGGAUACCACCAACUGGCACAAAAUGAGAGGUUCACAGAUGGUGGUUGCCAUGAAAGCUAUCUCGUUGGCUUUUGAUCUGGACAGAGGUGUUGUGACCAAUGUUCCCUCGCCCAUUGAGUUCAUGGGCUACAUUUACUUUGUGGGCACUGUCAUCUUUGGGCCCUGGAUCAGCUUCAACAGCUACAAAGAAGCUCUAGAAGGACGUAAGUUGAGUUUAGGAUGGAUUGUAAAAGUGUCUCUUAGCUGGGUGAAGAGCCAGAUCUGCCUUGUUGUGUCCAACUGUGUGGCUCCCUACCUCUUCCCCUACUUCAUCCCCGUCUAUGGAGACAAGCUCCUACGAAGUAAAAAGAGGAGGAAGAUCAGAGGCUCACUGGCAAAGUGGCUGCUGGCAUAUGAGAACACAAUGUCUUUCCACUUCAGCAAUUACUUUGUCGGCUACCUGAGUGAAACUACAGCGACUCUCGCUGGGGCGGGCUUUACGGAGGAGAAAGAGAACCUCAAAUGGGAUCUGAGCGUGUCCAAGCCGCUCCACGUGGAGUUUCCCCGCUCCAUGGUGGAGGUGGCGACGUCGUGGAACGUGCCCAUGUCCCGCUUUCUGCACACAUAUGUUUUCAAGAGUGCCGUCAAAUUCGGGAUGUUCACUGCCGUCAUGGUGACCUACAUCGCCAGCGCGCUCUUACAUGGUCUAAGUUUCCAUCUGGGUGCAGUUCUGUUAUCUCUGGGGUUCAUUACGUACGUGGAGCACGUUUUUCGGAAGAGGCUUGCCGCCAUAUUUAAUGCGUGUGUGCUUUCGAGGAAAUGUCAGCCAAACUGCAGUCACCAAAACAAAAAGAAGCUGUGGGUGUAUAUGAUUAACAUAGCAUUUUCUGCUUUGGCAAUACUUCACUUGACAUAUCUGGGCUCUGUGUUCAACUCCAGCGUGGACUACAUGGAGGAGGAUGAGGACGAGAUCACCCACCACACCAUCCAGAAGUGGUCGGAGCUGAGCUGGACGAGCCACUGGGCCACGUUCGGGUCCUGGAUACUGUACCGCCUCAUUCUCUAACAACUAGAGACCGAGAAGAAGAGAGAGAAGCAAUAAUGAGAAGCAGGUUUUCCACUUUUCUGUACUGUGACGUCAUCCUGCAUCAGACUUGCAGUUUUCAGGUUGGGCUGUAUGCGGGUCGGGGAAUGCUAUUCUAUCCUUCUGGGGACUGGUUUCGAUAUCUGUGAAAAGAAAAAGACAGACCGCAGCGCCUUUUUUCCCCUCCCUUUUGUCUGUUUCACAUUGUUGUUUUUUUUGUUUUUUUUAUCUGAGGCUCAGUCAUCAUGGCCUCCUGUUGUGGCAGCGUUUACCACUGUCUCACUGUGACUCACAAUCAAUAACUAUCAACAUGGCGGACACUUGACGGUGCGCGUCAGGCAGAUGCCCCCCUUAAAUUUGGACUUUAACUAGGACAUUCUAGCAUAUUUGUAUGAUUUGAUCCAAGGGUUCAUCCACUCGUUUAAUAUCCUAAAAAAUGCUUAAGUUUCAAUUACGGUUUGAAGAUGUUGGAUAGUCAAACUGCACAGUUUUGUAAUAAAGUGGAACCUAAUGUUUGAUUACCCUAUCCUUCCACUUCAUAAUUAGAAUCUCAAUAAAAUACAUUUAAGCUUUUGGUUGUAAUGUCACAAAUGUGAGACGUUUGAAGGCGCUGCGCUGGUGACAUUCCCUAGUCUUCUUGUCCUCAACAAAUCUAAUUAAAUGUCCAGAAUCAAUAAUGCAGUUUCCUGUCUCUGUGAUGUUUUUUAUUUAUUUUUUUCCAGCCAGGCUGCAUCGUGGCUGCUUGUUUGCGGUUCUGUCAGGGAGCCUAAUCAAAACCCACAGAAUUGAAUUUUUUAUGAACCCUGGUAGGCAGGUGGAGCAUGGCUAAAGGAGACAGCCGGAGACUCUGGCUGCUGUAACCAGUCGAUUGUGUGGAACUGCUUCCAAUUUAAAAUAUGAGAAACCAGCGCACGUCUCUUUCUCCUCCUAGGAACCAACAAAGACUUUCUUUACUGAAUUCAACAAGCACAUGUUGUUACUAGACUGCAUUUUUACCACCAACUAAUCCUCCUUUUGUGAUUUUUAGAUAUAUUAACGGUUUUAGAUGAUUCAAUCUGACUUUUUUUUUUUUUUACUAGUGUAGUAUCCUGAUGGUGUUUUUUUUUGUUUUUUUUUUUGUAUGACUUGAAUUAUAUCUUUAAACAUAUGUGAUUUUGAUUUCCCCCCUUCCCUUCUUUCUACAAUAUAACUUAAGAAUCAGGGUAUUUGAGAUGUAUUAACAAAAAUUCUCUUUCAGCUUUGUAUAAACUUAAGUAAAAUUAUUAAUUAUUCUAUACCAAGCAUUUCUCUUACCUCCAGGUUUUUACUUAAUAGAUGCUUUUAAUUAUUUACAGCCUGAUGAAAGAGUGAGUGUGUGCAUCAGAAAAUGAAGAUGUGGUGUUAGAUAAGAGCUUUUGUUGAUGUGCCAAGUUUCUGCUGUAGUGCCACUCAGUAUAAUAACCACUGUAAAUACCUUAUAUUUGUGUUUUGUCCCUAAAUAUGUAAAAUGGAACGGCAUACCUGUGAUAUUUUUAUAAAAUUUUACAUGAAACGUCAA